AUGUUGAUCAAUACCGAGUCGAGUGGUGCUGAGAAGCUUCCUGUUGAACAGUCUGGGGGAAAUACCUCUGAACGUCAAACUUUUGAGGAUGAGAAACCCGCCGAGGAACUACCAACCAAACAAGACGACGAAGACGACACUGUGUAUCCCCGGCCACUUGUCCGCAGUCUGUUGAUUUUGGGGAUAUGUUGCGCUGCGUUUCUCGUCGCCUUGGAUCGUACUAUAAUUGCUGCGGCAAUACCACGAAUAACCGACGACUUCAAAUCGCCAGGAGAUGCUGGAUGGUACGGAAGCGCCUAUCUCCUCACAUCAUGUGCUUGCCAGCCAACGUUCGGUCGAAUAUUUACCAACUUCGAUACCCGAUGGUCGUUCUUAACAGCCUUGGGGUUGUUCGAGCUUGGCUCGUUGAUCUGUGGUGCUGCUCCCAAUUCAACCGCGCUUAUUGUUGGACGUGCAAUUGCUGGUAUAGGAUGCGCCGGCGUAUUCGCUGGUUGUAUGCUUAUUAUUACAAAAUCUGUCCCCUUGUCGAAGAGGCCAGUGUACAUGGCGGGUGUUGGUGGCAUCUUUGGAAUUGGAUCCAUUUCUGGCCCUGUCAUCGGCGGCGCCUUUACAGACCAAAUAACUUGGAGAAUGUGUUUUUAUUUGAAUCUACCUGUGGGGUUAAUCACCGCAGUGAUUGUGCUUCUUUUCUUCCGUGUCGCAAACCAAGCGGAGAAGCCCGAUCCAUUCUUUCAGAGACUGCUAAAACUGGAUCUCUUUGGAAACCUGCUCUUGAUCAGCUCCGUGGCAAUGCUACUCCUGGCUCUGCAGUGGGGUGGCCUCGAGUAUCCGUGGAAUAGUGCGAAAAUUGUCGGCCUACUCGUUGGUUCGGCCGUGGGAAUAUGCAUCUUCCUUUGGUGGAUGAUUUACCGUGGUUCUAGUGCUCUGAUCCCGCCAAAUAUUGUCGCUCAAAGAACAGCUGCGGCGUGUUUGACAUUCAGCUUUCUUAUCUCGGGUGCUGUCCUUGUCCACAGCUAUUACGUGCCCUACUGGUUCCAAGCCAUCAAAAAUGUGUCCGCAGAGAAGUCCGGUGUGAACAUGAUCCCCUACGUACUUAGCAACUUCGUAUUUUCCAUGGUGGCGGGCAUCGCGGUCCAGAAAUCUGGCUACGUCCUUCCAGCAGCAAUAGUUUCGCCUAUCGUUGCCUCCAUAGGCAGUGGACUUAUGACAACCUUUUCUGAGGAUACGACUACUGUUAAGUGGGCUGGAUAUGCCAUACUGGCAGGAGCGGGAAUUGGAAUCGGCAUGCAGCAAGGAGUUGUUGCUGUCCAGGCCGUCUUGCCGAAAGAAUCGAUUCCCAUUGGUACAUCCAUGAUACUCUUCACGCAGAGUCUCUCUGGUGCGAUAUUCGUAUCAGUUGGAAACUCUAUUCUUCGAAAUGAACUAUCCAGCGGGCUUACCACCGCCAAACUUCCUGGUGCCGACGUUCCACAUGUUUUGGCCACUGGGGCGACUGCUGUUCGACAUCUCAUACCAGCCGACCAAUUAGAGCCUUUCAUCACGAUAUACAACGAGGCUAUUCGGAAGGUUUUCCUUGUAGCAGUUCCUCUAGCAGCUACAGCAUUACUUCCCGCGGUUUUUAUCGAAUGGAAGAGUUUGAAGGGAACGGCAGUAGUGGCAGGAGAAGCAUGA